CCAUAACCAGACACUAUCACGAGAGUAGGUCGAAAUAUAAUUGUAAAUAGAUUUUUGUUUUCCUCUACCCACAUACGUGUAAUAAGAGUAGCAAAAAAAUACUGAGUGUUUGUUAGCUUAAAUGAUAGCUUGUGUGUGGUUUACAUUGUUGGCCCUAGUUCGUGGGCCACCCCUCAGGUUAGCACGGCUCCUCUUGAACCGUAGGAGUCAGUGGCACAGAACUGAAGAAGCAGCAGGCGAGGCCUCGACGCUCAACGUUAGCUGUGAACGGCCGUACAUAGGAUAACAAUAGACACAAAUGGACCUCAGUUUAGCCCCAGGAGGAGAAAGGACUGCCACCAACAUGCUCAUUUACACAUAACUUACCGGGGUGUUUUUAUUUUUUAAUUUUCCUCUUAAUUUUGAUAUGGCUGUCGCUGGGAGGGCAAUGGAAGGGGAAGAGUUUGUUCCUCCUCCGGAAUGUCCAGUGUUCGAGCCGUCAUGGGAGGAGUUUCAGGACCCCCUGGGCUACAUCGCCAAGAUACGUCCAAUUGCGGAGAAGUCCGGAAUCUGCAAAAUUCGUCCUCCACCAGACUGGCAACCGCCAUUCUCCGUGGAGCUGGACAGCUUUCGCUUCACACCCCGCAUCCAAAGGUUGAAUGAACUGGAGGCGGAGACUCGCGUGAAGCUGAAUUAUCUGGACCGCAUCGCUCGGUUUUGGGAAAUCCAGGCGUCGUCUUUAAAAAUUCCACAUAUCGAAAGGCGCAUCCUGGAUCUCUUCAGUCUGUCGAAGAUUGUCACAGAUGAAGGGGGCUUCGAGAUGGUCUGUAAGGAGCGACGCUGGGCUCGGGUGGCACAGAGGCUCGGGUACCCACAAGGCAAAAACAUCGGUUCUCUGCUGCGCUCGCACUACGAGAGGAUCGUCUACCCUUUUGAAAUGUUCCAGUCUGGUGCCAGCCUGCCGCAUUGCAAGCCCAAGCACUACGAUGGAGAGGACGUGGAUAAGGAGUACAAGCCCCACUCCAUCCCCCUCCGACAGUCUGUGGCACCGUCCAAAACCAGCACGUAUGGUCGCAGAGCCAACCGAUGCCAACCUGAUCCGGAGCCGACGGAGGAGGACAUCGAGAAGAACCCGGAACUGAAGAAGCUGCAGAUCUACGGCGCGGGGCCGAAGAUGAUGGGGCUGGGACUGGUGGCGAGGUAUAAAGGCAUCAGAAAGAAAGAAGAGCUGCCUCAGACUGUCAGCAUCAGAGAAACCCCACCAGCUGCACCCAGCGACAUGAAAGCAGAGCCGCAGGACCCCCAGGAGAAGAGUGAACGGGCCACUCCGAGCCCCCUGAUGCCCCCCCCCUGUGUUACCGUUAAGGCAGAAGUGAAACAGGAGGAACCAGAGAACGGCAAAGACGACAACGAAGAGGACGACGAGGCCGACGAGGCCGACAAGCCCUGCACCAAGAUGACCAUGAGGCUUCGGAGCAACCUCAACAACCCGCAAUGUGUGGAUUCAUUCGUGUGUCGAAUGUGCGGUCGAGGAGAUGACGAUGAGAAGCUCCUGCUGUGUGAUGGCUGUGACGACAACUACCACACCUACUGUCUGCUGCCCCCACUGACUGAUCCUCCCAAAGGCAACUGGCGAUGCCCCAAAUGUGUGGCAGAGGAGUGCAAGAAGCCGACAGAAGCUUUUGGUUUUGAACAAGCGACGCGAGAGUACAACCUGCAAAGUUUUGGAGAAAUGGCUGACGCUUUCAAAGCAGACUACUUCAAUAUGCCUGUCCAUAUGGUUCCCACUGAGCUCGUAGAGAGGGAGUUCUGGAGGCUGGUCAGUAGCAUCGAGGAGGACGUCACAGUGGAGUACGGCGCGGACAUCCACUCCAAAGAAUUUGGCAGCGGCUUUCCAAUGAACAACGGCAAGAGAACACUGUCGAAGGAGGAGGAGGGAUACGCUCGCUGCGGCUGGAACCUGAACGUGAUGCCCGUUCUGGAGCAGUCACUUCUUUGCCACAUCAACGGCGACAUCUCUGGGAUGAAGGUGCCGUGGCUUUACGUGGGGAUGGUGUUCUCCGCCUUCUGCUGGCACAUCGAAGACCACUGGAGCUACUCCAUCAACUACCUGCACUGGGGUGAACCCAAGACCUGGUACGGAGUUCCCUCUGUGGCAGCGGAACGGCUGGAGGAGGUGAUGCAUAAACUGACCCCAGAGCUGUUUGAGUAUCAGCCUGACCUCCUGCACCAGCUGGUCACCAUCAUGAACCCCAACAUCCUCAUGUCUCAUGGUGUACCGGUGGUGCGCACUAACCAGUGUGCGGGUGAGUUUGUCAUCACCUUCCCCAGAGCCUACCACAGCGGCUUCAAUCAGGGAUACAACUUUGCUGAAGCUGUAAACUUCUGCACUGCAGACUGGCUGCCUCUGGGUCGCUCCUGCAUCGAGCACUACAGGCGUCUGAGGAGGUACUGCGUCUUCUCACACGAGGAGCUCACCUGUAAAAUGGCUGCCAGCCCGGAGAAACUAGAUCUAAACCUGGCUGCGGCUACACACCGGGAGAUGUUCAUCAUCGUCCAGGAGGAGAGGAAGCUGCGAAAGGCUCUUAUGGAAAGGGGAAUCACUGAAGCAGAGCGUGAGGCGUUUGAGCUGCUGCCUGAUGAUGAGCGACAGUGUGAUAAAUGUAAGACGACGUGCUUUCUCUCUGCUCUGGCCUGUUCCAAGUGUCCGGAGCGUCUGGUGUGUUUGUAUCACACUCAGGAUCUGUGCAACUGCCCAACUGAUAAACUCUACCUCAGGUAUAGAUAUACCCUGGAUGAGUUGUUAUCCAUGUUACACCGAUUAAAGGUCAGGUCUGAGUCUUUUGACUCAUGGGCCAACAGAGUGAAAGAAGCACUUGAACAAGAAGGGAACAAAAACGGAAUCCAUGACCUUGAAAUACUGAAGUCAGAGGCAGCUGAAAAAAAGUUUCCAGACAACGAACUUCUUCGGAAGCUCAACACUGUUCUUAAAGACAUAGAGCAAUGCCAACAGACCAGUACUGCACUCCUCACCAACUCCAUCACCAGUGACGGUAAGAUGACGGUGGCGGAGCUGAGGACGUUGGUGGAAACGAUGCUGAAUCUGCCCUGUGUGAUGAACCACCUGGAGGAAGUGAAGGCGGUUCUACGGACCGUGGAGGAGUUCCAGGGCCAGGCUCAGGCAGCAGUCAGUGACAAAGCCUGGGGGAGGGAAUCUCCGCCCCCUGAACUUUUGCGGACGUUGUUGGAGGAGGGCAACAAGCUCCCGGUGGUGGUUCCCGAGUGUCAUCUGCUCCAGGGCCUACAGGAGCAGGGCCGCUGGCUGGAGGAGGUGAGGCGCACCCUGGGCACAGAAGGAGCUGAGAAGCAGGAGGUGACACUGGAGAUGUUGAGGAGUCUGAUGCAGGCAGGCUGUAAUGUGGCCCAGAGCGUUUCCGUGGAGACGGCCAUGGCGGAGCUCCAGGAGCUGCUCACCAUCGCGGAACGCUGGGAGGAGAAAGCGCAGAUCUGCCUGGAGCACAGUCAAAAACAUCCUCUUUCAACCCUGGAGGCGAUUGUGAACGAGGCCCAGCUCAUUCCAGUCAAGCUGCCCAACAUUCUGUCUCUACAGAGCUGCCUGACACGUGCACGGGCCUGGGUCACAGACCUGGAGGAAAUUCAGAAUGGGGAGCAUUAUCCCUGUCUGGACGACCUGGAAGGUCUGGUGGCCAUCGGCAGGGACCUCCCUGUCCACAUGGAGGAGCUCAGGCAGCUGGAGCUGCAGGUGACCAGCGCUCACUUCUGGAGGGAAAAGGCCACCAAGACCUUUCUGAAGAAGAGCAGCCAGCACAGUCUGCUGGAGGUCUUAUGUCCGUGCGCAAAGAGGAGAGAGAGGAGAGAUGGAACAAAGUCGUUGGAUGAUGUGUCUGAUGACUCGGACACCAACACUCUGGGUCUGUCCGCUCAGGACCUCAGGGACCCUGCAGCUAUUGUGAUGGCCUUUAAAGAAGGGGAGCACCAGGAGAAGGAGGCGCUACUGAGGUUACAGCAGGUGAACCUGCGUAAACCUGACAUUAUCAGCAGCUGCAACGGGAGCUGGGACGACAUGAUGGAGACGGACACAUCCAGCUGCUCGCAGGACUCUGUAAAUGAGAACGGUACUGGCACACCCCCGUGCACGACCCCUCCUCAGUCGGUGUGCGUGUGCGGCGGGGAGCCUCGAGCGCCGCAGCUCCGCUGCCACCUGUGUAAAGACUGGUUCCACGGUGGCUGCGUACCGUUCCCCUCCCUGCUCCCGCCCUCUGGAACUCUAACUAACCUCCUCUGUUGGUGGGACUGGGAGUCGUGUUUCUUAUGUCCGCGGUGCCAGCGGUCGCGACGCCCACGCCUGGAAACCAUCCUGGCGUUGCUGGUGGCCCUGCAGCGGUUGCCGGUGCGUCUGCCGGAGGGGGAGGCGCUGCAGUGCCUCACGGAGAGAGCCAUCAACUGGCAGGGUCGGGCCAAAGAGCUGCUGGAGUGCCCGGAGCUUCAGCAGGCUCUGCAGAAGCUGCAGGAACUCCAAGAAACGCUUCACAGCGAGGUGCCGAAGGAGGAGGGCGCGGACCGGAAGAGUGAGAAGAGCGCGGUCAUCGUGUUGUCAGACUCUGAGGGAGAGGACGGCGUCAUCGAUCUGACGGACGACAACUCACCGAAAAAGAACUCCAAGCAGAGCAACGGCACUCAGGCCUCGUGUGCAAACGGUGUCAGCAAGAACUCAAAUGUUACAGGUGUGGAGUCUCUGCUGCCUCUGUUGCCUCAGCUGAAGGGCCAGGUGGUGCAGCUUUCUGCAGCCACCAGCGCUCAGCUGGAGGAGCUGCAGCUGGAAGGAGAUCUGCUGGAGGUCUCCUUAGACCAGACCAACAUCAUCAACAAAAUCCUCAAGGCGUCCUCUGUUCCACCCACAGACACUCUGAACACACUCAUCCAGAUUGAACUCACAGAGCAGAGGCGAAACAACCGCAGCCGAACCAAAGAGUCGAAAAGGAAGAGGAAAAGCCACAGAGGGGACGGUGGGGAGGGGGAGAGAGAGAAGUCUGUGAAUUCCUCAGAGUCAAAGAAAAGCUGUCCCCUCGUCCCCGGCCCCUCUCCUCACCCAUCUGUCCAAACCUCUACAGAGAUCUUGUGAUGCAGUCACCACUGGAGCGCUGUUGGAACUCGAUGGUCAGAGGAACUGAAAGGACAGAGAAUUCUGUGCCAGAAAAACCCGUGUCAAGCUGUAGGAUGAUGCAGGACAUCCCUCCUCCACCCUUCAUCCACCCUUCAUCCCUUCACAUCCGUCAUUGAUGCAUCCAGACACUUAAAGAGAAUUGACUCUCGUGCACUCCAUCACCUCACCCUCCAUCACUGAGAAGUUCUAACGAUACCCCAUCUUCUCCCCCGUCCUCCCUAGACAUUGACCUCCACCUCCUCCACACCCAUCGUCCCUGUGAACAUUGUAGGACAGUGUAGGACAGAUGUGGGACUUACUGUUAUAAGAAACCCGUUGGUCUAGAGUUGUGUCUCUGAGGUCAUUAUGCUAUGUUAUCCCAAUUGUAUUAAGGUGCUGGUUUAAUACCAGCGCGACAGUGUGUCAGUGUAAACAGUUCUGUAUUUGGGCGCUGGAACUGUGAGAGGUGCAGCACAAAGUUCCAAAGACGGGACUUGGACAACAGCACCGAGGUUACAAUUGUAUUUUCAGCUUUUUGAAUCUUGUGUUUGAUGCCGUUCUAAGGGGACAUGCAUUUUGGUUAAAAAAAAAAAGAAAAAAAAAAGCAUAAGUCAGUUUUGGAAAGUGUUGUAAACAGGCAUUAAUAUUACUGGUGCUACUUUUCCCCAAAACCAACAUUUUGUUCCUCUUGGUUUUGUUCACUCACCUCCAGUCGCUCCCUUGGUUCCUCCUGAGUUUACCUUGGUUUUCUCUCUUUCUACAGACUUAAAGUAACUUCACUGUAACUCACUUUGUCAUAAAGAGUUUUUUUUCUCUCUCUCUCUGGGUUCAGAUGAUAUUAUUGUUAUUAUUGAUAUGGCAGGCACACAGUUGUUGGGAGUUUGUAUAAACUUCUCAUUUUAAUGUUGCCUUUGUUUCUUUUCACUCUUGUUAGAAAAAAAUAAAGUUUAGAAUUGUUAAGA